AGGCUGGGCAUAAAGGAGGGACCCGCAGAUUGGGAGGAGGCCUAUUGGGGACCAUGGAGACCCAGAAGGACGGCCUCUCCCUGGGGCAAUGGUCACUGUUGCUACUGCUGUUGGGCCUGGUUAUCACUCCGGCCGCCUCCCAGGCCCUUAGCUACCAGGAGGCUGUGCUCCGUGCUGUGGAUGGCUUCAAUCAGCGGUCCUCAGAGAAGAAUCUCUACCGUCUCCUUCAGCUGGAAUCACAGCCCGAGGGAGAUGGGGAUCCAACCACCCCGAAGCCUGUGAGCUUCACAGUGAAGGAGACUGUGUGCCCUAAGACGACACGGAAGCCAUUGGAGCAGUGUGAUUUCAAGGACAAUGGGCUGGUGAAACAGUGUGAUGGGACAGUCAUCCUGGACCAGGACAAUGGCUACUUUGACAUCAACUGUGAUAAGAGCCUACAAGUCAGGAAAUUGGGCCAGCUGCGUGACCUCAUCAAGAAAGGUGGGCAGAAGAUUGGUGAGAAGAUUCAGAGAAUUGGCGAGAGAAUCCAUGACUUUUUUACAAAUCUUCAUCCCAGGGAAGAGGCCUAAGGUUUGCUUUGCCCUGGCUCAGGCUUCUGGACCCUGAAAAAUAAAUUUUUUGUGAAAGCAAC